UUGGCCACGUUGUAGUAACUCAGAUCAUUCUAUUGCAGCAUUAAUCCACCUGAGCAUAACUGUUUCAUUGAGCUUCACAACGAGCUCUACUCUUUGUCAUUAUGGCGUUCACAGAGACAUCUUCUCCAUCUCUGGUGCUGACUUCGACCGAAGUUGCACCAGCGCACCAAGCCGGCAGCUCUGUUGACACUUCACUCGCACACGUCGACGAGACCACCAUCAGCCCAGAAAAGACUUUUUCUCACACUGAGGUGUUGAGGGGUAACGCCGAUGAUGUGUGGGAGGCUUGCAAGCACGGCGUGGCGUUUCUUCCGGACUUGGCCGCAGAAUAUUUCACCAAAGCUGAGUACGAAAGGGGCUGGGGGGAGCCAGGCAGCAUCAGCGUUUUCCACUUUGCAUCCGCGCUUCCGGGAGCCAGAAAGGUGAAGCAACAUGUCGACGUAGUCGACGAUAAUUCCAGAACCUUGGCAUACACAGUCAUCGAGGGGGACAUCUCCAGCUAUAGCUCUUUCAAGGUAGAGCUCAAGUUCAUUCCUGCAGGAGAAAGCGAAACGGAGGCAAUCUGGACGGUGAAGUAUGUGCCUGUUGGUGAAGCAGGCCCCCCCGAGAGCAUACGGGACAUCGUCGCCAUUACUCUGAAGGCGUUCGAGAAAGCUGUCACAGAGAAGCGAAUAGUGCGACACACGAGAACACUGGAAGCACCUGCAGACACAAUCUGGAACAUCUUGAUGCAUGAGGAUGUUAUCCUGCCGAAGGUUAUUCCCCAUAUCAUUGAAUCCUACGAGUUUCUGGAGGGCAACGGGGAGGCUGGCAGCAUUCGCCUACUCAAACUGGGCCACGCGAUUCCGAAUGGCAAGAACGUAGUUGAGCACAUUGAUGUGAACGAUGCUGCGACGAAACGAUGGGGCUACACUGUGCUCCAGGGCGACCCUAAAUACAAAUAUCUGUCGGCGGUGAUGCAAUUCCUUCCUGGCUCGGAGGAGGGCACCACUCUAGCUAAGUGGGUCGGUGCUUACGUUCCUCACAAUCCCACAAUAACUCCUCCGGAUCUCGCCCUGCACGUCUGGAAAGUGUUCGAGGGCGUGGCGAAGGCGUCCCCUCAGGCUGUCUACUGAGGUCACCCUCUGAUCGAUCAGACUACUUUUACACUUUUACCUAUUUUGUGAUUGGCAUUGUCACAAAUCUAUUGGGAUUAUAUUAGAACAGCACACAUCCCAGCAGAGUGAAAAUGAUGAGUUCUAGUAGUAAAUUAACCCUUCUGUCAAUGCCACAGAAACUAGAACAUGAGAUUCCCCUAUACCAAUAAUUGGCCACAGUAUAGCUGGAUACAGGCUGCCUCGACGAUGGUAUAUAUGUCCGAUGUAUUCUGUAAAAAAUUUGUAAAAUCUCUUCAAGAAUUAUUUCAAUGCAAAGCGAUUUGCGCAAGAUUGUA